AUGGGAAGCGAGUUGUCAACAAACGGCGAUGUAUAUAGCUAUGGCAUCCUCUUGUUAGAGAUGUUAACAGGGAAAAGGCCAACGAAUGAAAGGUUCAAAGAAGGUUUAAGUCUUCACAACUUUGUCAAAGCUGCUUUGCCCAAUCGAGUGGUUGAGAUUAUAGAUCCCAUUCUUCUUCAAGAGAGUGUCAGAGGAGGAAUAGUAGCCGGCAUCACUCUUAAUGAAAACAACCUGGGAAAUGACGAAUAUCUUCAAUGCUUGAAUUCGAUAUUCAAAAUAGGACUCACUUGUUCUACUGAAUCACCGAGUGAGCGGAUGGACAUGAGUGAUGUUGUUACCAAGCUUUGUUCUAUUAAAGACAAGCUUCUCCGUCCAACUCGAUUCUAUCGUGGGAUUAGAACUGCAUAUGAUACUAAACCAACAGGUAUCUAA